AUGGGAAUCUACCGUAAAGCGAGCCAGGGUAAGCCUAACGUGUUAAAGACCGUAGCUGAGCAAGCCUACGAUAUCAACGCAACUAACCAAGACGGGAGGACUCCGCUCCGGUUCGCAGCGAACUGCGGUCAUGAGACUGCAUGCAGCUUCCUCGUUGCUCGGGGCAUUGACGUUCCCUUGCGAGGUGUCAGUGUCCUUGAGACGGCUAUAGAAGGAGGACAUCCUAGGGGCAUUGUCAUGAUAUUUCCGCGUUGCGAUAUUGAAGGAGAGUAUCACCUGUUAGAGGCUGCAUCCUCGCUUGGCUUUCAUGACGCCGCAGGUAUUUUCAUCAAAAUGGGGAACUUUCAAUCCCAGCUUUACAAGGAUGACAACAGUGGAAAUUAUGUAUGA